UUUUAUUCUCUGCAGAGACGCUUUGCUAGUGAUCAGACCAGGAAGGCGUACACAGCAUUGAACGAGCAGUUCGAUGCGUACACCGGGGUCAUCUGGCAGCCCUACACGGAAGCAGCCAUACAAGCGAGAUACCCUGCUGGUAUGUCUGUGCUAUGCACAAGGGACCGAGAUUACUGGAUGACAAAAUCGAAGAUCAUCUUCGAUGUCUUCGUCGAGGAGAUGGCACAACAGAGGGUUAUGAGGCAAUUUGGUCUUCUGCAGUUGGAGCUACCUCCCCCUAUAGAGAACCCGGUGCCAGCAGACAUCCACAGGUAUUAACCAGUUUUUCAAUGUUGCAUUUUCUUUCAUAGUACUCCAUUCGAAGCUUUAGGUAAUUGUUGAACACACACCACAAUUUUAGGACGACAAGGAAGGGCAUGAACAGGACAACUGCUGACUGGCUAGUUAGAAUGGGAGACAGCAAACACAAAUCUAUGGCACGAGAAUCACAAUUUCGAUCUCGAUGAAUUCAAUCUCUAUUUGCGGCGCUACAUGACCGGAACACGGUUACGCAUUGUUGAGUACUCCCACUCAGAGGAGUUACCGGAUCCUACUCCGUCGGAUAUGUACCCGAGCUAUGAUACUUCGGGCUCUAGGCAGUACGCGGCUACCUUGACACGCGAACUGUACGACGACGUGACCACCUUUGGACGAUCACUAUCGUCUGGACCUCUUCUUCAUCAUCGUCCAGUGGUACAGCCCUUCUUGGAAAGAAUUCAGAAUAAGAUACGGACUGUGUACGAGGCUAUCACGUGCACCCGGAGAACCGAUGUUGUUCAACACGAGCAGGAGCAGCCGCGUCACUCCAUGCAACGACAUCAACCACGUCCACGCCUAGCACAGCAGCCGACAACCAGGCCACCCCGUCCUGACCAACCUGGCAGUUCUACGUGGCACCCGCAACACUAUGGUCCCACGUCGAGCUUCGUGUUUUCUCGACAGCCACAGCAACACGGUCCCUCGUCGAGCUUCGUGUUUUCUCCACAGCCACAGCAGCACGGUCCCUCGUCUAGUUUCGUGUUUCAGCCAGAGCAGACGUCACACCCAGCAGGGGCCUAUGGAUAUCAGGCGUCUAUGUCGGCAUCACAUGAUACGUGGGGGGUGAUCAACAUCCCGAGGACAACAUACAGGCUCAGAUGUCGCAGCACACCCAGUGGAUGA